CAAAAUGGUCAAAAUAAAGAAACGUCAAAAUUGAAAAAUAACACAAAAAAUGUAAAAAAUGGAAGAUUUGCAUCUCUCGGAACCGUUUUUGAGAUAUUUUUCGGAUGUAUUCUUAUGCUGCGAUGAAGAUCGAUCAGGAAAAGCCUCGCUACAACGAACUGUAGACCUCAUCAAAUCUGGAAAUGUCCCAGAAGAAGUUAUUGCCCAGAUUUCAGAAAUAUGCUGGUCACCAGGUACAACUUGUCUAAGCAAAAAGCAGUUCUUUUCCGCCCUUAAACUAGUGGCUCUUUACCAAGCAAACUUACCCAUUCGCAGUGACCUGAUCAUGAGUAAGGUAGACCUGCCGCUACCCAAAUUUACAUGGGGUCCCCUAGAUGCUGAAUCUCCUGUUCCUGAUCUUAUUGAGUUGAGAAAUGAGCCUGAAUGCAAUACGGAUUCAAUUAGUACGGACUCUGAAGCUGAUAGUGAGACUGUAAGAUGUUCCCCGGACAUGUCAAGUCCUGCCUCUGAUAGCCCAACUCCAACAAACAGUGUUCAAGAUCGAAAUUGGGCUUGGCAAGGUUUAGUGUCUGAAGAACAGAGGCAACUUUUAGAAGAAGAGUCAUCCGAUAAGCAUAGUAGCGAAGAGGACGCAGAAGUGUCAAAUGAAGUGUGGGUCAUAACGCCCGAACAAAAAGAUUAUUACACGAAACAGUUUCAAAAACUACAAGAAAAUCCUAAGGCUUUACUGUCAGGUUCUGUUGCUCGGACAUUUUUUGAAAGAUCUCAAUUACCAGUGCAAGAAUUAAGGAAAAUUUGGCAAUUGGCUGAUGUUACGAAAGAUGGAGCACUUUCAUUGCCAGAAUUCUAUACUGCUAUGCAUUUGGUGGUUUUACGCAAGCACAAAAUCGCAAUCCCUGACGUACUACCUGCCACUUUGGUACCAAUAAAUAAACCGCCAAGUCCAGAAGUAAACUCUGAACCAGUGGUGACCGUCCAACCCAAAGAAGUGGUCAAAGAAUGGACUAAAUUCGCUGAUAGUCCAACUAGUUCAAACGUUUCCUCGCCAGGUAUUAAACCCGUAAAUUUUGAUUUCCAAAUCGAUCAAAACGAUCCUGACCUCCGUCAUCCUGUUGCGAGGAGAUUGACGCCGGAAGUGGUUUCGCAAAUUGUCGCCGAAGAUGUUCCCGAUGCCAUCGAUCUAAGUAGUCCGAAAAAAGCGCCUGAUGUUAAUAAUCUCCAGGUAAGUCAAGUUUCUUCAUUAUCACAACAAAACAGCGCCAUCCAACGACCACAGCCGAAGAAAGUAAACCCAAGAGGACCCGGGGCUAUACCACCUCCUCCCGAUGAAGGAGGACCUGUCAGCCUUCCGGCUUUUUCUGCACCUGCAAAAAAGGAGAAACCUCCUCCACCACCUCCUCCAAGACCCUUUAAAACUCACGGGAGAAGUUCAUCCCUUGAUUUAAACAGACUAACGAAAGCCAGUGCUCCUCCUCCUGUGGUGCCACCACGUGUCAGUCCAAGCAAUCAUUCACGGAAACUCAUAAUUCAAAAGUCAGAACAGAACAACGGGACUACUUACGCGCACGAUAAUUUUGCAGAUUUCGAUCAAUUCGAACAAUACGAAAACGUACAAGAAAAUUGCAUAUUUCCAGGGGAUGUAUAUGAAGCAGAAAGGAAAAAACUCUUUGACAAACUGUUCAAGGAGAGCACUGAUGAGGCACCAAAGAAACAUGGCGCUUUUGAAGUUUACAGAAAACCUGGCAGUGACAAAACUUCAACCCAAUGCCCAGAUACCUUAGAAGAAGAACAAUGGGAGGAAAUAGAAAAGCUGCAAGUGGAAAACGCCGCACUACUGAGGAUUUGUCAAGAACUGAGCCAAGAAUUAGCGGAUUUAAAGCAAGAAAAGCUUAAAAUGAAAGUUAAAUUAGAGAGGUUGCAAGCUAAAGCACCUAACGGAGGUUAAAUCAUUUUUUUACAAAGAAUUGAGGUAACUUUAUUCAAUUUUAGAAAUAUUGUAGAUUUUUUUUAUUUUGUAAGAGGUCUAGCAGCCGAAGGCUGAAAAUUUUCAUUGUCUUUAUUUAUUGAAAUCGUAAAUUUUCUUUGAUGGGUAGGAUAGGUUAUAUUUGAAAUAUCGUUGUUGAAUGCUAGGUACAUACAUCUAACAGUAGUGGGCUUCAAACGAUUAAAACUAGGCCUUUAUUACCUUUAAUGACCAAAAGUCCACUAUCCCUAAAAACAAAGUGAAAAUCUUUAAAAUUUAUAGAAGAUACAAUCAUGAAAAAAGAAGUUUUUAUUAUAAUUAGCAUUAUUAUUGUUAGGUAGAUUAAAUUUAUUGAAUAAGUUUAAAGAUUGGUGUACAGUUAUAUUAUAUUAUAAGAACAUGGAUAAAAAAUUUAUUAAAAGCAUUGUUAAAAAAUAAAUGUGAUACGUAGGAUAUAGGAGUAAAGAUCGCCCUUUUAAAUUUUUUUGAUUUCCUUUUUAUACAUUGUAUUAUUUAUUUCUUCAUAUUGUGACUACUUAAUUCGAGUUUUAUGACUAUUUUUCAGUAUUUUUUGGUUGAGAAUCUCUAAGUUUUAGCUAUAAAAAUAAAUAUGACUAAUAAUGGACUAAUGGAAUAAUAUUUUAUUGGCAUGUAAUAACAAAGCUUAGGGUCAAAGUGGGCGAAUAUCGAUUGGUUAAGAAAUAAUUUUUGACAAAUAAUAGAAAUCUUCAUUCAAACAACUGUCAAUGUUUCAUUCAAAAAAGACUUUCAUAAGUCUUUUUAUUGUCUAAAUACUAUUAAAAGACUUAAACUUUUAGAGAAGGGGUUGACAGAAAUAUCUACUGGUAAAUUACCAAUAAUUGAUUUUGUACUUUUUGUCCCUGUUCCUGGACACCAUUUUAGAGGUUAAGUCGGUGAAACCCACAAUCGUGUUGAUUUUUAACUUAUAUAUGGCAAAAAAACUCCGCAAGCAGAGCAAGCAAAUAUGAUAUAUAUGAUCAUUUUUGUAGUAUUUACUCAGGACCGUUAGUUACAUUAUUUUCGAGUAAUAUUUACGAAUGAGAAUUUGGGCGGCAAAAAAACUCAAUUCAGUUUGUUCUAACGUUUCCACAUUUGUUAUGUCUUUCUCAAGAGUUCUAUAAUAAUAAUAAUGUAAUAAAUUUAUUUGUCUUCAAAAAUAGUUACAAUUCUAGAAUAAACAAAAGUUCGUGCAAAAAAAAAUAAAUAAACAACCAAACACGAACGAUCAAGUCAUACGAAUAUUCUCUCAAUUUAAAAAAUAAAACGUUUUUUACAGUUUUUAAGUUGUAGGAUAUUUUGCUUUUCCUUUUUCAAUAUUUUUUAAAGUGUUACUAUUUUCCCAUGUGUUAUACCAUCUAUAGAAUUUUGGCAUCAAACAAAAUUCGGACAUCAAACAAAAACUUACAAAUUUUUGUUUAAUUAUAUGCUCAGGAUGCUGAAUGCAGGCUUAUGCUCGCAUGCCAAUAGAUAAAGUGACAUUUUUUAUUUCACUCUCAUUUUUGUAUUUGAAUGGCUCCGCCGAACAACGUUGCAAGUGACAAAAACUUAUUUUUUCAGAAAAUCAAAAAAACACUGAUUGUUCAAUGAAAUUAAUUUCUAAUUUACAAUUUCUUAUUAUAAACGAGGCUUUGUUAUUGAGUGAAAUCACCUAUAAGAGAAAAUAUUAUUAUACUAUCAUAUCUUACUGAGAAAUUGACAUUUUAAAAGUAUUUUUUCGGGUACAACGUUGUAAGCGACGGCGCUUGCAACGUUGUUCUUUGAACAAAACGUAUAAUACUGAAUUAAAUGGGCUGAUUCAAUAAUGUAAGUAGGUAGUUUUCAAAUAUGAUCUUUAAUAAUAAUGAAUACAAAAAACUUAAGUUUUCUUAUUGUUCAACCUUAAUAUUUUCAUAAAAAGGCACAUGUAUUUACACAUAUCCAACAAGUCCUUUUUCUUUGCCGCUUUGAUCGGGAGUCUAUCCUUGUAUAAAGGUGGGAACCGAGAAACUUUUACUGAGGGCAUACUUCUCUGCCCUGGUCCCUUUACUUUUUUUGCUAAUGAGUGCGAAGUCCAUGUUUGAAGGACGUUGUGUGAUUUCCUUCCACGCAAUGUUAUAGGAUCAUCCUUUGUAAUUUGGUACCAUACAUGACUAGUUACACUGAGUUUAUUUUUUUCCAGUGAAUCUAACGUAAUGUCGGUGUUUUUAAAGUCUGCUGUAUCCAGACAGUAAAACGAUUGGGUGGUCCCUUGGCAUUAGGUAUGACUUCCACCCAUUGGUGAGGAACAUACACUUUUUUACCCUUUUUUGCUCGUUCAAUUAGAGCAAAGUCCCUGUUACAGGGUAGAAAACUAUGACCCGUCGUCAUAAACUUUUGCUCAACGGUAGUGAAAUAUUCAUUCAAGAGCCGGUGCUGCAAAACAGGUAUAAUCUGCCAGUUGUUGUUCUGACCUACGCAUCUAUCAGACCAAAGCUUAAGAAUUCUCACUUAGCCUGUCUUCAACUUUGUAAAGUUAAGCUCAACAUAUUUUAAAAUGCAUGAUGCUAUUUCCGCAGCACCUCGCAUGGCAGUGGUCUCAUCCCAGAAAAACAUAUAAGCCAUGUCUCCCCUGGUCAUGUAUAGCCAAAUUGUAGCACGAUAGUUGCCUCUGGUAAAAUACGUUACUAUGCGUGAGGUUUGGGCAAAAUAAAACUUGUUGUAGGUCUACACAAAGCACAACGUUUUCAGAGCUGAAUAUGGCACUCUCUUUAUCUUCAGCAAGCGCCUUGUAAGCAGAGUCAGCCCUCAUAUGAUGAAGUUUGCUUUGAUUUUCAAUAAUUUUUUUUCUCUCUUCAGUAGCAGCUGCAAUGAGCUGAAUGUGCAGCUGAUCACAAUAAGUACAGGUAUCGGACCUAGGCAGAUCAAAUCUUAAGUUGAACUCACUUUGAAAAACAUCACGGUACAUGUGAAGUUUUGCAGUACUGUCGGUGUAUUUAAUCGUAGCCGAUCGAUAGUUCUAGCCUGGACACUUAUCCCCGCUUCCAUCGAUACCUCACAACAGAAGCCGAAAUCAUGCGAGGCGACGACCGCAUCGCGAUGGCAAAAAUUCCGCGCUGGGGCACAUAUUUUGCGUUAAUUCGAAAUAAUAUUUUACUGCAGUUAUUAUUGUAGUUUAUAGUAAGAUUACGCAUUUAAAAUUUUAAACUACCAAACUAUUUUGAUUCUCGCUUUGAGUUUUAAAAAGAAUAAAAAUUCGGUAUUUAAAUUAGGUGGGUAAAUUAACAAUUUUAUUUUUAACUUACAUUUUACAAUCUUAAUUUUAUUUAGAAUAAUGCCUACCUCUUUCUGCAUUCCUGGGUGCAAAAGCGAUUAUAAAGAUACCGAGAGAGUUGCCAUUUUUCGUUUUCCCAAUAACCCGGAUCAAAAGAAAAGAUGGUUAGAAUGCAUUGAAAGAGACGACGUAGUGAUAAAAGAAUCAUCAAGGAUCUGCAUAAAACAUUUUUCUGAAUGUUUCAUUAUUCGUGAGGAUAUAGUGGCUAGGAAGGAUGGAACAAUUUUAAAGGUUUCUCGAAAAAGAGUAAAGCUGUCAGAAGAUGCCUGCCCUAAAAUAUUUGAGAAUCAGCCAUUCACAACCCAUACCCCUACAAAAAAAAAUCACGGGUCUUACAAGAGUUAGAACUUGAGCCACAAAUGAUAAAUAAAGAAAAUAAGGAACAAAAAGAUUGUAUAAAUACAUUUGAAGAACUAACAGGUAGUAUUUUGCAUAUAGUUCAAAAAAAUGUUAGCAAUUAUUUUAAUUUUAAAAUAUCUACUGAUCAUAUCAAUAUUUUUUAUGUUACUGAAAGUGACUUAACCAGUUUGCCAGUUAUUCUUAAGGGGGUAGUGGGAGAUAGAGCUGUGCGAAUUUCUCAUUACUGUGCUACUGUUUAAGCUCAGAAAAAAUUAAAAUGGAUUUUUAAUUUUUUUUUUGGUUUUUUUUUAUUAUUUUUGGAAUCAUUCAAAUUUUCGAUUUUUUAAAUAAGCAACAAAAAUUUGGCGUAGGUACCUACCUAAUUUUGUUUUCGGCAUUAACAUUUUUACGAAAAAGUAAUAAACCAAUGCAAAAACUUACCCAUAGCAACCAAGAUAACCCACAAAAGUGUCAAGAAUAAGUUUUAAAAUUAUUUUUUUUUAUAUGGCAUAUUCUUUUAUAAGUAAAUAAUGUGCAACUUUGGGGUAAAUUAUCCAUUUUCGUAUUUUGAGGGUAGACGAAUUUGAAACACCGUUUAUGUAUAUUUUUCCAAUAAAAUAAAUAAUAAUAAAUAUUUAAAACAUUUAUCAUAUACCUAAAAAUACGUAAUAUUAAAAAAAAAUAUAUUAUCUUGUAAAAUGUAAAAUAUUAGGUCCCGCGGUAUCUCCACUUAGUCGUUCCACUGUACGGCGUGCGCCACCAAAUCUCGGCUUCAAUUUUGACGCCACGAAACCAGUGUCACGGCUAGAACUAUCGAUCGGCUACGAUUUAAUGCAGAAAAGCUGCCACAUUUUCUUGAUACUCAGGUCAGGAUUCAAACAUUCCUUUUUGCUCAUAUUUCUGGAGUAGUGGUUUUCUUGACGAGGAAAAGAAGAAAUAUGCUGUUUCAUCUGUUCUUUUGUUUCAUCAGGGAUCCUAGUAUGAUUUCCAUGCGCGCCUCUGCCAUCGGUCAAGGGCGUGGUGAACUUUAUUUUGUCAACGAGAAUCUGUAGGCGUCUAGGUGUAACCUUCAUUAUGUGGCAAAGUGUCUUUUGGCAUACGCGAACGGUAGCAUCUUUCUUUCGGACAUAAUAUUGAACUGAACAAUGUCUAGUAGAGAUGUUUUCAUUCACUCGACGGCGAUUUAUAUCCCCUAUAUUGAUGCAAGAAGCAAGAAACCUUGUUUGUUGUUUAUAGUCCAUACUGUAGAAGUCCCUAAAUAAUUUUAGCAUUUCUUUAUGGGCAACCAAUCCACUUGUAUUGACACUUGCAUAUUCUACCCUAAAACAGCAAAAUAACUAACCUGUAAAACUGUAACGCACAUCCAAAAUGUUGUGACUUACCUCUUCAGGUGGUAAUUUUCCAGGCACUGGCCGCUUUCUUUUGGAUAUGUAUGGAUUUCCAGAAUCCCUUGAACGCUUACGACACUUAUCUUUCCACUCACUAACUUUAAUUUUUCUCUUUUUACCAUUAUUUAAGCGCUUUUGAUCACCAGGCGAAAAAACAACACUCUCCGCGCCGGACAUUUUGUCGGUUGCAACGUUGUUCCGAGCGCGUCAACCUGUUUUCGAAGUCAUUUAACGUGCUGCCAUCUAAACCACAUUCAUAUAAAACUGAUACCAAAAACUGCCAUGCGGUAGAAAAUGUCGUUUACAACGUUAUUUUCUGAAAAUCUCAAUAUCGCAAUUAAUGUCGCUUACAACGUUGUUCGGCGGAGCCAUGCAUUUAUUGGGCAAUCUAUAGAAUAUACUCCACCUAGUCCUCUGUGGGGUUUGUAACUUGUCAAGGAUUAUGAUCAGGAUAUCUAGGUCGCUAUGCAAUAGGACCAACACGACCAAUCUAUUGUGGAUAAUUGAGGCUAUGAGUGCAAAAACGGACUAACCCCAAUAUUAUUAAAUGCUAAAAAAUUGGUUUAAACAAAUACGGAAAUGUAAGGGAGAGCACCCACCAAAGCAGCGAUAUGCUUGAAGUGAAGCGUACCUGAAACGCAAGUCAAGUGUAGAACAUGGGUGCGUCUUGUGAUCGCGUACCAAAAUGGUAUACAAAACGCAUGCAAAUUGAAGAUGUUUAAUGUUUUUAAGGAAGUAAACUUGUAUCCGGAUAAAUUCAGGUUAUUCUACAUGAUGAGUCGGGAGACUUUCAAACUUUUAGCUGAGAAAGUCCGUUCUUUUAUUCAAAAAAGAGAUACGAACUACAGGCAAAGCGUGUCUACAGAAGAACGUCUGCUUAUUACUUUGAGGUCAGUAUAAAUAUGUUUAAUAAUAUUUUAAAGCAUAAUAUAAUUUUUUUACCAGUAAUAACAGAAGUAGGCGGUUAUAUAAUUAAGUUUUAGCUAAAUUUAUAUAAUUUUGUCAGUUAAGUAAAAAAUUCUGCUGUCGAACUUUUCUUUAUUUGUCUGAUAAAUAACACUGGCUUGUUAGAAUUAUGAAAUUUCUAUUAUUUGCGUUAAAACAAGAUUCAGCUUAUUCUUCCUGCUGAGGGUUGUUCCAAAGUAGAUUAGUAUCUUAUUGGGAUGCUGGUUGAUGUACUGUAAACUGAGCAACACUACUAUAUUGAGCAUUGAGUUGGGAGCGAGGGAUAAGGUACUUCCAUCACACUUUUCCCAUAUCCGAAGCUAAUGAGAUUAUACCAAUCUUGAAUCUUCUCUUUUAUUCUGGAUUCAUUGUUUACAUGUCCGGAACCAUACUUGAUAAAAAUCAAACUUCAGGAUCUUUUGUUACACCUUGUUAAAAUGCAGGGGUUCCUUUGGACUCACUAGAAUAGAAUAGUCUCAAAACAUUUAAUUGUUUUGCUAUAGUUUGCCAAGCUUUCUCCUACACAUUCGAUGAUAAUAUCUUUGCUAGUAAUAUCGUAGAGUCAUGGGUGAGAUUCUAUUAACUGUGCGAAUUUAACAUUAAAUUCUUGAUCAUCACGCAUAUUUUUAAUAAAUGUAUAAACAAAAGUAUUCAAUCUUAAUUUUAUACAUAACCUAAAACAUAUUAGCACUUCGCACUACACGCAUAUUAGCACAACGCUGCACUUAACUGCACACAUCAUUCCUUUUCUCUUCAAGCCACAUCUUUGGUGGGCACUCUCCCUAAGUGCGCAAAACACUUUUAAAAGGACAUUUUUGUAGUUCGAAUAAAUUGAAUGUUCUUGAGUGUUACUUAAAUUUGCGGAAUUUGUUUUAAAUUUUUGGAUAUGGCUAGUAUUCGAUUUUUCUAUGUGGGUUAAUCCAUUCUGCAUUUAAAAUAGAUUGGGUUUUUUAAUGGGUUACUAUAACUUAAGCUAUAAUAAGAAUUACGCCAAAAACUUUAUUACUCGUAUUGUCACGGGAAUAAAUAAAAAAAAAUAGAAACUUAAUUUUUUUAUUAAGUAGCUAGUUAUUAAAUAGGUAAAGUUUCUUCUUCCUCAAUUGGGCCAAUUACUUCACCUCCAGUCGCUUGAGCGGAUGACCUCAGAUUUUUAUAAAAAUCUUGGUAUAUAGGAGGGAUUAAUUCCAUUAACUCAAGGGAGAUCUUUCUUUUUAGCUUCAUUAAUGCCAUUACCAUUUGGGUAUAAAAGGGUCAGUUCCUUAAUUUCCUUGGAAACAGAUUUCCUUUUAUUAAGAUCUACUAUAUUAAAAUGAACCUCUUCAUUAUUCGAGUACUUAUACUGAAUAGUAUUGGGAAAAUCUUUUCUAAACCUUAACCAUUGGAUUUUGAGCCACGCCACCUUUGUUUUUGUUUUAGAUACUUUUCUGUUUAUUAUGCUACUUUCAAGUUCCUUAGUAAAAAAAAAUUUUGACUUAUCCAUUUCUACUAUGGUAAAGGGAUUUUUUAUAGCAUCUUAUGACUGUAUGCCAGUCUUGAAGUAUAUGUGGAUGGAAUUUCUUUUUCUAUGAUUCCGAAAUCUUGGUCGCAUGGUAAAUAGGAAUGACCACUUACAAGGAAUUUAUAAUCUAUUUCUUCCACACUAAAUAAUGGAGAUGCAGUAAGAUAGUUACAUAUCAAUGACAUUUUUAUAUUACGAUUCUGACCACCACAUUGGUCAGAAUACAUAAGUCUUUUCGAUGUAACAAAGUUUUUUAUGGAAUAUAAAAUACAAGAUCCCACUUCUUGCGGCCCCUUGGAAGCAAUACUUUCAUCCCAUAUAAACAUGAACGAAUUAUUGGUUCCAAUUUCAUGUAUAUUAAAGCAGUAAGUUCAUAACUGCCUUUUUUAGUAACAAAUGCCUGUGGUAAGUACAGGUGUAGGAAGAGUCUUCAUUAGAUCAAAACAUAUGACUGCUGCGUUUCCACUUUUUGCGAGUUCAGUAUCUCUUCUUAGGGUGUCUCUAGCACGUUGGGCCUUCCUUUGGUGAAGUUCCUUCUCAACUUCUAGUUGUUGCUUCACUUCAUCGUCGGCUGCUUUGAUUCUAAUCCUUAAUAAAUCGAAUUUUUUUUGCAAGAGUCAGUCAUCAGCGGAUGAAAGUGUAGGUUGAAUUCUUUAUUAAAAGUUUUUCGAAAAACAAAAUAGGACAGAGGAUUCUCUACUUCAUCUUUGUAUAGCUGGUACAUUUUACCAAGGCCCAAAUCUGGAGAUAAAUAUUUUCUGUGGCAGCUUUUUUCCCUGCUGGAAUGAGAUUCAUAACAAGGAAAUUUUUCAAUAAAUUUCUUUAACUCAUCUUUUUUUGCCUCGGCUGUUUUGUUAUGUGGUGGAUGUUUGCCCCGCUUGUCACAUGGUGGUGGUGUUCCUACAGAUUUAACUUUUAGAAGUCUAUACAAUCUCCCAGCAGAAACUUGAAAGACUGCUUGAAAAAACGGUUUGCACACUUUGUGCUCUACAUCUUCCUUAAUGGGUAAAUAAUAAAGCCUGUUUUUUUCUCUCUUAGAUUCUGGAUUCUGGGUGUAGGUACGUAACUUACCUACAACUUUAAUCAAGGCAAACAAGUAGGCAGUUUGCAAGUCAACGGAUUCUAAGGCAUAGAAAUUCUUAUGCAGUUCCAUUUGUCGUUCUACUGGAAUCAAAACUGAGCAUCUACACUGUAAAAAAUCGAGUGUUAAUUUUAACACGCAAAAGUGGUCUAUAUAGGUCCACACUAGUGCGUGUUAAAAUAACCACUGGCAAAAAGUGGUUGUUUUUAUUUAAAAAAAAAAAACAUUUAUUUUACCCAAUUUAGCGUGUUAAUAAACGAACGAAAAUAAAAUUUAAAAAAACCCCUUCCGUAUUAUUAAAAGUAUAUUUUGAGUGUCAAAUGUAUUUAAAUAAAAGUAACAUUUAAUCACCCACUUUGGUUUAAAUUAAAUUUACACAGGUGCUUAAAAUAUUUAUUUCGGGUUAAAUAUAUUUUAAAAAAAUAAAAAAGUACACUUAAUUUAUGGUUAAUUGAGUUAUAAAAAAUGGUAAAUUUAACUUACCUAGGGUUAAAAUUAUUUUUAUUAGUGUAAUAAAGAAUCUAUUUAGGUGGUAAUUUAUACUUUAAAUAAAAUAUAUUUUCCUUUAUUUUGUGUAAUAAGUAUUGAAUUUAAGGGUUAAAAGUAUUUUUUUAGUGUAUUUUUUUAUAAUUGGAGUGUGUUAGCCGAAAAAGAACUAAGCACAAUUUUUAAUUUACAAAAAAAAUAUUUAAAGUAUUUAUUUGUUUAAAUAAAAGCUUAAAACUAUUUCUAAAUAAUCUUUGGUACAUAUAUUAAAGAUUAUUAAGGAAGAGUUUUAAACUAUUCAUUUGAACAAAUACUAAUUAACAAGUUAAAAAGUAAUUAUUUGGCGCCUGGUUCCUUUUCGAAUUUAUCACCCCAAUUAUUACAUAUUGCAACUAUUUCGGUUAGUCUGUAUAUAUUUGAUAAAAAUGAAAAAAAAAACUAAAAAAAAAACGCAAAACUUCGUAUUCCAAACGAUUAAAUCAAAAAAGUUGUUCUAAGAAAGGAGAGCAAUUUCUUUUUAGGACAAAUACAAAUAAAAGGCAUAGCAAUCAAUUUCUUAGACAUUAUCUAUUAAAGAAUAAUAUAACAAACAUAAAAAAUAUAUAUUCUGGAACAAAAAUAUAUAGGAACCCAUAUUUUGAAAUAUAAAACCUUAAAAAAAAAUAAUUGGAGAUCAAAUUUAACCUUAUAACAAGAGUAGAUCUUAUACAGAUGAAAAAAACACUUAUGGCUUAUACAUAAAUCUCUGUCGCUUAAUUCCAUAAGCUGCAAAAAAUUUUAUUUUUAAGCUAAAAUAAAAAUAUAAAAAUAUUUUAGCACGGCGCUAAGUAUUUUAAUAGUGUUAAUAUAACACGCAAAAAAAUAAAAAUAAAAUUAAUUCAAUUUAACCACUUUAAAGUCUUGUUUAAGUGUUAAAAAAUACUACAUAGUAUACUUCAUAGUGUUAAAUUUAACACUCAAGAAAUUUACCACGCUGUUUAUUCUUUUUACCACCCUAUUAUUUUUUACAGUGUAGCUUUACACGCGCAUUCAAAAGGUUUCAAAGGUUUUGAUGGAACAGUUUUGCCAGAUUUGGUUAUGUACUCUCGUCCAGCACAUCUUCUCUUUUUAUUUAAGUUUAUUUUCCAUUUUUCAGGACUACGUACACGCUUCUUUGGUUUAGAAGUAUGGGGUAACACCCCUGCUGGCGCUGGUUCGGCUUCAUUAAAAUUCGUUUCUGUACCACCUUUGUCUUCUUCCCUAUGCCUAUUAGAUGCCUCUAAAUCUUUAUCCGAGGGCAAGUACUCCGACCCAGAAUCCGCAAAAGGGUCUCAUUCAAUGGUUGAGACGUCUGCAAAAAAAGAAAAUAAAAAAAUUCUUCUUUUUAAGAAUAACAACUUGAAUUUGAAAUUUUUGAGCAAAAGUGGACUAAGCCUAUCUAUUUAAUUAGUUUGAAACAGCAACGGUAAAUUAAGUUUUUGUUAUUGAUGUCUAAUGAUGUAUUGUAAAAAUAAAUAAAUUACAAUACAAUAUGAAGAAGUUCAUAGAGAUUAAAAAUUUCCUUUGAAAUCCAUCAUCCCUCUAGUCUUCACUACUCAUCAAAAUCGGAAAAAUAUACUGAAACACGUUGUCUUUAUUUUCUAACCUUAAACUAAAGUAUCAAAGCAACAAAAAUUGACAUUACAAACCUGAAAAAGGCAUGAAAGCUUCAAGUUUUAGAAUAGUCACAAAUAUUGUCCGGCAACCUUGCAAGAAUUACAGGGUUAUCAAAAUUAAAUUAAUCGAUAUAAGACUGCGAUCGAUAUUCGACUACUUUUCCCUACUUCAUUAUAUGCCUUUCAAAUAUUGAUUUUUGUUUUUCCAGCAUCCCACAUUUAUGUAAUUUUUUUAAAACCGCCCCCUAGACCUUUUUAAAUUUAUUCACGUGCCUAAGGGCAUGUAUUUAUGGGAGGUAAAUAUUUUCAUGUAUAGCUGCACUUAUAUUGUUUUCUUUAUUGUUUUUUAACGCGCACUGUUAGUUUACUGCAUCAGAAUAUUUUGUUAUAAAUUUAAUAAUGAGAUUAGCAUAUUAUUUUUUGUUUUAACUCUAUUGUAAACCGCAUAUUUUAAUUUUAUUAAUAAAAUAUUAAUUAUUUAA